UGAGGAGAUGCGCAGCAUUUUCCAAACAAAUAAAACAAUCCCAAUAGUCAAAGGAUAAUUGAUAAUCAAAUCCCAAUCUCCUCUGAAACAAACGGCCUUCCAAUCCGCUAGGGUUUUGGCAUCGGGUGGCAAGCAGAAUGGCUUCCCACACGCUCUCAGGGCUCCCAAUAAUCUCAUACUGCAACUCGCAAUCCUGCCACAGAAAUGCUCCCGAUACCGAUUCUUCUUCUUCUUCUUCUUCUUCCACCCUUCUCUGGCGUCCCAAACAUGAGAAUUUAACGACCCCUUUCACUGGAAGGAAGCUCUCGAUUCGGUCCUCGAGUUCGCAACGUUUCGUUUCGAAGCAUCGCCCGGCCAUCGCCACGGUGCUCCUUAGUCUCCCUACUCUGAAACCAGAAAGGGCGUCUUCUGAUAAAACGCCAAAAUGGUCUGCGAGGGCUAUAAAGUCGUUUGCUAUGGGGAAACUGGAGGCAAGAAAGCUCAAGUAUCCGAGUACUGGGACGGAAGCGCUUCUAAUGGGGAUUUUGGUCGAGGGAACAAGUAUAGCUGCAAAGUUUUUGAGGGCUAAUGGAAUUACACUUUUUAAGGUGCGAGAAGAAACAGUAAAGUUACUAGGAAAAUCUGAUAUGUACUAUUUCAGCCCUGAGCAUCCUCCACUGACUGAACCAGCUCAGAGAGCCCUUGAUUGGGCUGUUGAUGAGAAAUUGAAGUCAGGAGAAGAUGGCGAGAUAACAACUUCAUAUCUGCUCCUUGGAAUUUGGUCCGAAAAAGAUUCAGCAGGUCACAAGAUCAUGGCCUCUCUUGGUUUUGAUGACGAGAAAGCCAAAGAGCUUGCCAAAAAUAUCAAUGAGGAUUUUGUUUUGAGCCAUAAGUAGAGGGAUGUUUAAAGGUUUUCUUUCCGAGUGCUACUUGCUUGUUGCUUGGACCUUUCAUACAUCUCCUGAAGACAUUGCUUCCAGGCGGAGUUUGUUAUGGAGGAAGUUGUUCCGGUGAUGGAUUUUUUUAUUAUACCCAAUGUUUUUCUGAACUUACCCGAAGGUGGUUAAAACUUAACAUUUGCAAAUUUUCAAACAAGGAAUUUUGUAGAAUCCAAAAUCUUGGGCUGGUUAACUUUUAAGUGAUAGAUGUUUUCCUUGACGUUUAAUUUUUCUCCCCAUCUCUGUCUCAAUGGCAUAAUCUUCACCGAUGUUCCAAUAUCUGUUGUAACGAAAUUUCUCUUUCGGAUGGCAAAACAUUCAUAGAACCUUUGAAAUGGUCUUA